CCCUGCUGGCCGAAAGCUGGGCAGACCUGCGCAGAGCACAGCAUGCCACGGCCCAGCUUGCUGCCCGUCUCGCUCGUGUGCUCCAUCAUCGUCCUCGUCGCCCUCUGGCGGUCCACGCACCGCCCCACCGCAGCAUCACUCGACGAGGUCGAGCCCGACGUCGACCCGUCCCUCCUGUGCGACCCGUUCGCCGAACCUGGCUUCCUCCACUAUGACGAGGACGAUCCGCUCCAGGCGCGGUGGAUCCCGUACAGCCCGACGUGCGAGCCCGCGCCCGACUGGAUCUCGCACAUCCGCAACCGCGACCACGACCAGCUGUCGUUCCUCGCCAACCGCACCAUCCUCAUCCUCGGCGACUCGGUCGACCGCAACGGCAUCCACCACAUGGCCGAGAUGCUCGGCCUCCCGCGGUACGUCGUCCCGUACGACGACUACAGCAAGAAGGGCGUCGUGCCGCCAGGGUGGGACGAGCGCGGCCUGCCCUGGGUCGUCGAGAUCCCGUGGACCAACACGUACUUCACCAACGGGUUCAUGUACGGUCUUGACGACGAGGACAACUUUCGACAGCAACCCGACUGGCACGCGCCGGGCAAGGCCGAGGACCGCAUCGACACGCUCUUCAAGGUGCACACGGAUCAGCUCCCGUUCCCGCCGUCCUUCAUCUCGCUCCACUCGGGCUUGUGGGACCUCGCCUUCUUCGGCCGCCAAGAUCGCGUCUCGCGCCUGUCGACCGAGAUCCCGCUCACGCACGCGCGCGUAGAGUGGUGGCAACGCCGCCUCAAGGAGGUCAUCGGUCACGUCAACACGACUUGGCCCGGCGUGCCGCUUUGGCUGCGCAAGCUGCACCGGGUCGGGCCGGUCGGGCCCGCGAGCUAUGACUGGCGCCACACCGGCUCGGGCGACGACGCGACCAAGGAGCAAUUCUCCAACUUCUUCACCGACAUCCGGGUCCACACGAUCCGCGAGAUGUCGGACCAGGUCGUGCGCGACGUCGGCGUGCCCGCGUUCGACUUUGGCGAGGUGUGGGAGGGGUGGCAGAGCCACCAGGACAUGGUGCACCCGAAAAAGUUUCCUGGCGGGCCCGCGUACGUCCAGGCGCUGCUGCACCACAUCUGGAUGGAGUCGCAGGGGCGCGACAAGUGGCGGCUUGCGGCGAAGCGGCCGCUCGCGGCGGUGCCGGGGCAGCAGGGCGCCGAGCGAGGGCGGUUGUAGCGAGCGGGAGGAGCGCUCAAGGAGGGUCCGGGCGGGCGAGGCUCGCUCCUUUUUCGCGCUCUCUGCAGUGAACAUACCCUGAGCC